GGAAGUUGGGAAAAAGCAGCAAACUUGUUUCAUGAGCGGUUUCCCAAGUUCACGACUUUCGUCUCAAUCUCUGUCGUAAAACCAGGGAUCAAAUCAGCCAGGGAUUCCCGCGUAAAACCCAGGUCUUCAUCUGCUUGCUUGCUUGCUUCUUCUUCAUUUACUUCCCCUUUUCGAUUGAUCAAGUGUAUAUCUUUCAUCUUCGACUCCUCAAUCUCGUAAAGCCAAUGGGGUUGAUACUAAAUAGUAGUUUGCAGUCAGCAAUGAGCCAUCCUAUAUUUUAUUGGUUAUGUAUUGGUUCAGGAACUGGGUUGCUUUGAGAUAUUCAUUUGAUGGGAUUGCUUAUUCGCUUGCUUCGUUUUGCAGUGCGUCUUACUGGUUUUUUAACGGAAGAGUGAAGGAUAUUAGUUAGUGAACUUUGAUCUGGUAGGAAGUUCAGUAGUGGAGUAAUGAAAUUAUAUAAGGCAGCACGCUUGAGCUUUCUGCUAGUGUCUAGGAUAAUGUAAAUUAGGUUUGUUUGUAAAUUGAGUCCCUUAGUUUCUUAUCUUCUAUAUCAGUGAGACCAUCUCCCAAGUAGAUUUUAGCCAGUUGUUUUCAGGAGUUCAAGAAAGGGAUUUUGCUCUGCAUCAGUCUGAAGUAGGGAUCUAAUAACCAUCAAGAGCCAAUGGAGGAAGGCAACACGAUUGCCAAGAGAGCUGGUUCUCGUCUUUGUUGUCUUUGCAAUGAAAGAAAGCCUGCUCUUAAAAGACCUAAGACGCUAGAACAGAUAUGCAGGGACUGUUUCUAUAAUGUAUUUGAGGAAGAAAUACACCAAGUAAUAGUGGGAAACCAUCUAUUUAAGGACGGAGAGCGUGUUGCUAUUGGUGCUUCCGGUGGAAAAGACUCCACAGUUCUCGCCUAUGUAAUGUCGGAACUAAAUCGCAGGCAUAAUUAUGGCUUAGAUUUGUUCCUCUUGUCAGUUGAUGAAGGCAUCACAGGGUAUAGGGACGACUCUCUUGAGACUGUCAAAAGAAAUGAAGUCCAGUAUGGUCUACCAUUAAAGAUAGUCUCGUACAAGGAUUUAUAUGGAUGGACAAUGGAUGAGAUAGUGAAGGUUAUUGGUCUGAAGAAUAACUGCACAUUUUGUGGUGUUUUCCGGCGUCAGGCACUUGAUCGAGGAGCGGCAUAUCUAAAAGUAGACAAACUUGUAACCGGCCAUAAUGCAGAUGAUAUUGCUGAGACAGUGCUUCUGAACAUACUACGCGGUGACGUUGCUAGAUUGAGUAGAUGCACUUCAAUCACUACAGGGGAAGAUGGACCGAUUCCAAGAUGCAAGCCAUUUAAGUACACUUACGAGAAGGAGAUUGUCAUGUAUGCUUAUUUCAAGAAGCUGGACUACUUCUCUACCGAAUGCAUUUACUCUCCCAAUGCUUAUCGGGGUUUUGCUCGUGAGUUCAUCAAGGACUUGGAAAGAAUGAGACCUAGGGCCAUAGUCGAUAUCAUCAAGUCUGGAGAGAACUUCAGAAUCUCGACUUCCACGAAAAUGCCUGAGCAGGGGACUUGUGAAAGAUGUGGUUAUAUAUCAAGCCAGAAAUGGUGCAAAGCCUGUGUUCUGCUCGAGGGACUGAACCGUGGUCUACCAAAGCUGGGAAUUGGGCGAAGUCGGUGCCUGGAGAAUAGUAAUGACAACAGGAAAGAGGCGAAGCGAAAUGACGGUGAUAGGAUUAUUGAGAGCAAGCAAUGUGGCAGCUUGGACUUCUGAUCCAGGCAGUCAAGCUGAGCUACCAAUUUGCUGAAUGCUAAUUUAGUUGGGCACAUGACAUGUAUGUAUCUGUAUCUCCAGCCUCUGCAGCUACUGAUGCAUUGAUUGAUGGUGGUCAUGCUUCAUUCUACAAUCCCAACAUUACACUUGUCUUACUUAAAUGGACUAGUUUGGUAAGUCUAGACGUAGGAGAGUUAUGGUUGACGAUAUGAUAUAGCAAAAUUGAGAUUAGAAAUAUUGUUCCACGCUAUAUUGGGUCAGCUGACGGCGCCUAAUAGGCUGGCUGGUGCAAAGUUGGAAACAAAGAAGCAGAAUUCUAAGGCUGGUCCUGGACCUGCCAGACUUAUUUCGGUCCUUUCUUGUUCACUUCUUAGGUCACCCAAUUCGGCAAUGGGCCUCCACCGCUCCCGCGCCGGAGCGUGAAAACGCGCUUUCUCCAUAGAACGGGCAUAAUUCGCGAAUUAUUUGUCAAUGGAGCGCGAAUUAUGUUUGAUAAUUCAUGAAUCCUCUAAUUAUCAGACUUUUACUACAUGCAAGAGAAACAACUCUCGUUCUUGGCUGGUCGAAAGUUCUAUUGCCCUCCGUCGGCGUGAAUCCAAGGGUCACCAGCGCAGUCGUUGUAACAAUCGCUCUCCACCAUUGUGAAUCGAAGGUCGGCAACGCAGUUAUUGUUUAUAUUGGUCUUCCCCACCGUGAAUCGACGGUCACCAACCUAGAGUUUGUUUCUUCCUCAAAUCGUAAAAAGUAAAGGGCUUUAACUUGC